AGACGCGCUCCGUGGUGUGACAGUGCGCAUCAAACCUGCGGCAGAACCCGGACAGAACCUAUAGAACCAGGCUGGAAAAGACUGCGUUAGGGCGAAAGAGGAAAGUGCGCGCGCAGUUGCAGGUGCGGGACUCGCCAGCAACCAUGGUGGGCGAGCGCCGCAACGGGAACCUGCUCGUCCAGCUGGGGCCCAGCCUGCAGGCGUACCCGGAAGAGCUGAUCCGCCAGCGACGGACCCACGACGGCCAGACGGAGUACCUGAUUCGUUGGUGCCUUGUCACCGUGGACGAUGGGUCCAGCUGCGGGGGCGGAGCCGGCGAGACGGGUGGCCCGAGCGGUGUAGGGACCGGCGUAGGCGGGUCCGGUGGCUCCACGUCCGGAGAAGCUAAGCCGGAGAACAUCCUGAUGUGGAUGACGAUGGAGGACGUAUUCGCCAACUGCCCCACGCUGCUGGGCAAGAGGAAGGCGGAAGCACAGCGCCCCCUACAGCCGCAGGAGAAGCAGCUUGGCGGCGAGGCCACGGAUGGAGCCCCUCAGGGCGGUGAAGAGUUCCCGGCAGACGUGACAUUCGACGAGGUGGAACUGUCCGACAUGAAGCAGGACGUGAAGAACCUGGUGUGCCGCGCCCGGAAGCAGAUGGCAAAGAAGAGCGACUUUUCCAUCAACAUCAUGCACACCAUCCACGUGCUGAGCGCCUACGCCAGCAUCGGCUCGCUGGUCGGCGUCUUCAAGGAGACCGGUGCCCUCAACCUGCUGAUGGAGCUGCUGUGCAACAAGGAGACGCAGACGAGGCGCAGCGCCGGCAAGAUGCUCCGGGCGCUGGCCUCACACGACGCAGGGAGCCGGGCUUACGUCCUGCUGUCCCUCAGCCAGCAGGACGGCAUCGAGCAGCACAUGGACUUCGACAACCGCUUCACGCUGCUGGAGCUGUUCGCCGAGACCACGUCCUCCGAAGAGCACGGCAUCUCCUUCGAGGGCAUCCACCUGCCCCAGAUACCAGGGAAGUUGCUCUUCUCCCUGGUGAAGCGAUACCUGUGCGUCACGUCUCUGAUGGACAAGCUGAACACUGCGGGGGGAGAGCCAGGCUCAGAGAGACAGGACGGUAGCCCCGCCCCCACCGCCUCAGGCUCCGCCCACCAGACAGAGCUCCUCCGGCUUCAGAAAGAGGUUGACUUCACCAUGGCUAUGGCCAACCUGAUCUCGGAGCUGGUCCGGGUCAUGGGCUGGGACCGGAACCGGAAGCCGCCCGACGGCUCUGGCCGGCAGCCAGGAGGGGGCGUGGCCUGCAGCGAGGAGCGGGCGGAGGAGGUGCCCCGCCCCAUCCUCCGCUCCAUCUUCCAGCCCCGGUUUUGCACCUCAUCUGUGUCGCCGGCUGCUGGCUCCCCAGUCUCGGCACCGGCAGCCACGCCAACCAAGAAGAGGGGCGGGAAUGGCUUCAAGGCGCGGUCGGACUUCAGUAGCCGCUCAGCGUAUGUGGAGUACGUCCAGGACAGCCUGAAGAGCGGCAUGGCGGUGCGCAUGCUGGAGGACUACGAGGAGGUGAGCGCCGGCGACGAGGGCGAGUUCCGCUACAGCAACGACGGCUCGCCGCCCGUUCAGGUCUACUGGAACUCCCUGUCCAGAACCUACUGGGUCCACUGGCACAUGGUGGAGAUACUGGGCAGCGGAAGCAGCAGCCAGUCCGACAGGGAGACGCAGGAGAAGGCCUCCACCCUGACCGAAACGCUCAAACUCACCGCAGUCAGCCAGACGUUCUUCUCCAAGCCGCCGGGCGGCCUGUACUCGCUGCCCUACCUGACGGAGGCGCUGCAGGCAGAGCCACUGCUGCUGAGCCGAGCGGAGUGGUGGGAGGUGCUGUUCUUCAUCAAGAAGCUGGAGCCCAAGCAGCAGCAGGAGGUGCACAGCUUGCUGCAGCAGAGCUUGGAGGACCAGGAGGUGCAGCCAGACGACGCGUCUCUCAUCGGCCUGUCCGUCCCCGGAGACGUGUCCAAGAAGCUGCUGCACUACCUGAAGCAGGCGCUGCCGUCCUGGUGCCUCGGCGACCUGCUCUCCUCCCACGCCUUCUGCAAGCACUACCUGCGGCGAGGAGGAGGAAGCCUGGAGGACGAAGAGCUGCUGGCAGAAAGCUCCCUGGCUCCAUCCGCUUUGGGAGGAGGAACACAGAGCUUCACCUCCACAUCGUCGGCCUACUCUUCCUCAGCUAAAGGCUCAGUUUCCAAGAAGGCCAAGAAGGAAGUUCCUCUGGACUCUGGCUGCUCGGAGACGGAGAGCGAGCUUCCCUCUGAGGACGACAGCAAGUAUCCAGAUGACAUAGAGGACAAGAUGAAAGUGUUCAACAACCCGCGGGUUCAGGGGAAGAAGAGCCUGCUGGAGAAGCUGGGGGAGGUGGUGGACAUCCUGAAGAAGGGAGGCUCGGCCUCAGAUCCCGCCCUGCAGCUGUCCGCUGUCCUCUUCAUCACUCGGCUGCUGGAGGAGAAGAGCGCACAGGACAAGAACUCCAUGAGGAGCGAUUCAGCCCAGACCAUACGUGACAAGGUGCUGAAGCUGCUGGUGGAGCUGCUGGGCUCUUCCUCCAGGGAUGUGGUUGUGAGCACGCUCAGAUUGACCCACCUCCUCAUGUUGAAGUACGAGUGGAGGGUGUGCUUCGCUACAGAGGGCGGGGUCAAAGCGGUCCUGUCCUGCAUGCAGGAGUUCUCCACGGUAGUCCACGUGCUCCAGCUAGCGCUGGCGACGCUGAAGGUCAUCACCGGCGCCAGUAAACACGACCUGCGCAGCGUCGGCAGCAGCCUACCGCUGUCAGAGUCGGGAACCCAGAUGAUGCUGGAGAUCUUCGCCAGCAUCGGCUCGGCCACUCCUGAAGGCUCCAAGGGCCUCCUGAGCACCAUUCCUUCUGCCAUCGACCUCAUGCUGAAGUCCAAAGGCUGCAUGCUGUCGGUCCGGAACGGGCUGCUCGUCAUCAUCAUGCUCAUCGCCAGCCACAAGAGCUUAGCAGAGCAGCUGGUGGCUUGCGGUGUCACCGCCAUCCUGAAAAAGUGUUUGACACUGUCCAGGGCUGAGACCAUGCUGGCCAUCAUCGCCCUCAACCACAUCUCCAUGGUGCACAAGCUGGAGAGCAAAGAGAGUCAGGACCAACUGGACUUUAAGGACACAGAGCUGCAGAUGUUGGUGGUGAGCCUGAAGGAGCUGACGGUGACCAAAGAGGUGAUCCAGACCCUGGAGCAGCUACUGUGCGACGAUACGUCUCAGCUGGAGGACGAGCGUCGACAGGUCACCCACAGCCGGGACACCUACCAGGACCUGGUCCGCCUGAUGGAGCAGCACCGAGCUGACCGGGCAGUCCAGCUGUCCAUCCUCAGAAUCCUCAACAAGUUCCUGGACAACUACGAGGAGGAUAUGCUGCCAUGGCACGAGAGCAUUGAGCCGUGUCUGUCCACUAUGACGGCGUUCAUCAACGAUAGAGAGGUUGUGCAACUCUUCAUCCGCUUCUUGUACCGACUGGCUUCACUGAACAAGGACUAUGCAGUGGUUAUGUGCCGCCUGGGGACCAAGGAGUCUCUGGUGAAGGCUCUGGACAAACACAGCACCAACCUGCUGCUGGUCACCGAGCUGCGAGACCUCAUCAGUGACUGUGAGAAAUACGCCAGCCUCUACAAGAAGAUGACCACCAGCGUGCUGGCCGGAUGCAUCCAGAUGGUGCUGGGUCAGAUCGAGGAGCACCGCCGCAGCCACCAGCCAAUCAACAUCCCCUUCUUCGACGUCUUCCUGAGGAACCUGUGUCAAGGCUCCAGUGUGGAGCUCAAGGAGGAUAAAUGUUGGGAAAAGGUGGAGGUUUCCUCCAACCACCACAGAGCCAACAAGCUGACUGACAAGAACCCCAAAACCUACUGGGAGUCCAAUGGGUGCACUGGCUCGCACUUCAUCAAUAUUUACAUGCACAAGGGCGUGGUCAUCAGACAACUCGCCAUCCUGGUCGCCAGUGAGGACUCGAGCUACAUGCCGGCCAGGAUCCUGGUUCUGGGCGGGGAUGACCCGGCCAACAUCAACACAGAACUCAACACGGUGAACGUCGCUGCCUCAGCCAGCCGCGUGGUUCUCCUGGAGAACAUGACCCGGUUCUGGUCCAUCAUCCAGAUCAGGAUCAAGAGAUGCCAGCAGGGUGGCAUCGACACUCGGGUCCACGGCUUUGAGGUUCUGGGUCCAAAGCCCACGUUCUGGCCCGUGUUCAAGGAGCAGCUGUGCCGCCGUACUUACCUGUUCUACAGUACCAAGGCCCAUACCUGGUGUCAGGAGGUGGUGGAGGACAAGGCUCAGCUGCUGCAGCUCUUCAACAAGCUGAACAGUGCAUUGAGACACGAACAGAUGUUUGCAGAUCGGUUUCUGCCAGACGCUGAAGCAGCCGAAGCUCUGGGUAGGACCUGCUGGGAGGCUCUGAUCAGCCCCAUCGUCCACAGCAUCACGCUGUCAGAAUCAAAAGCAUCCAGUCCACUGUCGUGGCUCCUCAGCGAGUACCUGGAGAACUCAGAGGUGGCCCGCCGCUGCAAGAGCCGAGCCGCCAUCUUUAACUCCAGAGUGAGACGCCUCACUCACCUCCUGGUCCAUGUGGACACGAGUUCAGCUGAUGGCGAGGAGCUCAAACCUCCAAUGAAGUCCAGUGAGUGAAACCCGCAAAACUAGCUGGACCAGUUUAUGACCUGAUAGGUUGAGGUUAAGAUGAAGAUCCGAUGGGUUGGGUUAAUGAUUUGAUGGAUUACUGCUCCAACAGCUUGGAUACUGAUUCAACAGGUUGG